UGGAGUGCGAUUCUCUAAGGCAAAACAUCUUUACAACGAGAAAAUCGUCAGUGAAAUAUUCGAUGAAAUAAAAACGGUAUUCUAUAGUUACAACUACCCGAUCGCAGCGCUUCGCAGAUGUUGACGGCGCGACAUGGAACUAAUAUAUGUUUCCAAAUGUAUGAAAAACGGUAUUCAGCAAUUCAAAACAUCCUCGCCUUUGAUGAAAAUGACGCCUUCGUCUUCGAUUUUAACUGUCAAACCGAAAAGCUAGUAUUUUGUGGUUGUUUGCUUGUUUGUAGGCUUCUAGACGAUUAAAAUGUAAGUAAAACAAGUUAUUUUUUAAAUUGGAUACAUAAUAUUUAUUAGCUUUUUCGUGCUUUAAUACCCGAAACGUUUAUAAUUAAUGUUUUAGAUGGCUGUUCGUGGAUCCUGUAUAACAUUUUCAUUGGAAAAUGCUAAGCGUCGAGAUAAUUUAGAAAAAAGACGUCAAGCGUACACAAUUCGUAAUAUGGGUCUUCUUGCAACAGAUAUAAACUAUAUCAAGAUAUUCAGGUUGAGUGAAGAACUAAUUGCACAAUUAGAAGAAGAUAUUUCCCCAUUUUUAACACCGGCAAAACGUCGAGGAGGAAUUAGCAACCGAAAUAAGAUUUUAUGUACUCUCGCAUUUUUUGCCAGUGGGAGUUACCAAAAAAUACUAGGCGAAAAUGUAAGGACCUAUAUCUCCCAAGCAUCUGCCUCGAGGGCUAUUAGAACCGUAGUAGAUGCCAUCAACCAGCCAGAUAUUAUUAAAAAGUACAUAAGAUUUCCUGUAAACGCAAGUGAAAGGGAAAUUCUUAAACAAAAAUUUUAUGAAAAGUUCAAAAUUCCUGGGACCAUUGGUUGUAUUGAUGGUACUUUGAUAUCAAUGGUGCGGCCCAAAGAACAUGAAGAACGAUUUUACUGCAGAAAAGGGUAUCAUGCUCGAAAUGCUGUAAUUAUAAAUGAUCCUGACUUAAAUAUAAUGCAUGUGGAUGUAACUUUUGGAGGGGCAACUCAUGACAGCUUUAUAUUUAAUAAUUCAUAUAUAAAAACGCAUUUGGAGCAGCUGAACAAUACAGGAGAAACAGUAUACCUGCUUGGGGACUCAGGUUUUCCUCUCAGGCCAUACAUGAUGAUCCCUUGCAGUAACCCUGAGCCUGGAUCGAGGGAAGAAUUGUAUAAUAACCUGCAUGCAAGUGCUAGAAAUACUGCAGAACGAACCAUUGGCAUACUUAAAGGCCGCUUUAGGUGUCUUUUAGUUCAUCGUGUUCUGCACUAUGAUCCUGAGAUGGUGGGGAAAAUAAUAAAAGCAUGUUGUGUACUACACAACAUAUGUAAUCGAGCUGGAGUACCUCCAGUAGAAUUACCAAGUUAUCUACAGAGACAAGAAGAUACUUUUCUCCAGUUAUUACAACAAGGAAGCCAGAACUCGAUUAGUGAUUUAGACAGUGGACGCCUUGCUAGAAGUCGCCUAAUUAAUAGACUGUGGCGCGGGCAAAAUAGGCAACAAUAAAACUAAAAAUACUAACAAUAGAGUUAAGAUAUUACUAAAUUAGAUUAAGAUACAGUUUGUUUAUUAAAAAUUAUAGUAGGUAUCUAUGUUUAUCUAUUGAUGUAUUAUUUAUCAUAAAAUAAAGCAAGUUAAAGGUUU